UACCUUCACGAGCCGAGAUACUUAGUGCUGGUGAUACACACAGCUAAAAGUACAAAAAACUGUCCUAGCUUUCAGAACUAUUAAUUCCUUCCUCAAGGAGGAAAGAGGGAUAGGCUGAAUAAGGUUAGUAAGGAGACCUCCAGGAUGAGAGGGACUCAGUUGUUGUGAGGACAAGUGGAGACAAAAAUGAAAUUGUAGCAGAUCUGAAAAUUCCUAUGCAGUUUCUUGACCACAGAUUGAAUCAAGCUAUGAAUCUCUCUGUAUUUAUUUAUGUAUUUUUGUGGCACCAUUUAAACAUUCAGUAUCUGUAAAAAGCAUAACAGUCUGUUUAAAAAAUGAAAAAAAAAACCCAAAGAUCCACCAUUGGAAAAUCUAUAAUAGUUUGAUAAAAUGUGUAGGAGAGGAUAAAUUACAAUAAGACUAAAAUAAUGUACAAUGCAUGUUUAGAAUUUCUAGGAAAGACAGGACAAGAAACAAAAGAAUCAGAAAAGAGACUAGAACAGAAGACAUAGUUAAAACUGUAAUGAAAAUGAAAUGGAAGUACGUGUGGUAUGGAGACAGGUACCAAUAAAGCUCUCUUUGGAUUCUAAAAGAGAUAAGAAAAGGCUGAAAUGAUGACAUAAUGGAGGCUGGAUAUAUCACAUUAGACAGUUUAUAGGAGCAAUGGGGAAGUGUGUUGCUGUACACCAUAAUGAAUGGAAAAAUCUAGAGAAGACUUUUAUCCAGGAUCAGAUAGCUGCAUUGUUCGCAUCACUUUCCUUAAUCUGUUGUGCAGCCACUGGACACAAAAAAGGAUGGAACAGAAAGAAGUUGUGGAUGAGUGGCUUUCGGGCAAGGGCAGAAGAAAAGAAGAUAGAAAGGCUGGGCAUAAAUUAACGAGAGAGAUGGGUUGGCUACUUAUAACAAGAUUUCAGGAUGGUAUUGAUCCAAGCAGUAGCCCUUUUUGCUUGUAUUACUGUAUGGCAUCCUACAGUUGUUGCUGAUGAAAUAACAAACUCACGGGAAGGAAAAUUUGUGCUACCAAUCACAAGGUACUGGAACACUGUUUGUUCUGGAACUUCUAAUGGACAACAACUACAGGGUACUUGCCUUGACCGUAAGCAGUGUUAUCUGGCUGGAGGCACCAGCAUGGGAUCAUGUGGUGUACUGGGAGCCUGCUGUCUCUUUGAGAGGAGCUGCUACACAACUACCCAUCAGAGACUUUCCUAUUUUGUGAACCCACCUGUAGUCCAGCAGCAUUGCACAUAUCAAAUUGAUGUUAUGAGUCGGGAUGUUUGUCAAAUAAGGUUGGACUUUGAUGAAUUUCGCAUAGCUCCACCAACUUUACCAAUCAAAGAGCCUUUACAAACAACAUCAUAUUACUGCAUCAAUGACAGCUUCACAGUUACAAGUCCUUUGAGUGGCCAACGGGGAUUAGGCUUCAACAGUCUCUGUGGCCGCAAUGAUGGACAGCACAUUUACAUCCCUGUCAAUGCAUCCCAGGGAGCCAGCUCUGUAUCACUGAGCUUCAGUCUGGCGGAUCGCAAUAGUACUUCAGGAUCAUCACUGCCGACACCCACCUGGAGAAUCAGGGUAACGCAGCUGGAGUGCCCAGGCAGCCCUUAUGACUACUCAACCUUCACAGCUGCAGUUGCAUCCCUGGCUCAGCAGCAUCUGCAGAAGUUCUCACCACCUUAUGUUGAUUUUCACCUGCUAGCGCCUCCAGGCUGUCUGCAGUAUUAUCCUGAACGAAGAGGCACUUACAUGUCAUUUAACUAUAACACUCCAGGCUCACUUGAUUCACAGUACAUAGCAAACAUGCACUAUGCAAUAUGCUUCCGGAGAACACCUGAUGCUUGUGGAAUACAGCAUACAGCAGAAACCUUUAAUAUGGGUGGAUAUAAUACAAGUAGCACCAUGACAGAUGAUGCUUGUAAUGAUUUUGAUUACCUGUUUGUUCCUGAUGGAAGAUGGCAAGGUAGUUCAAGAGCAGACAAGUUCUGUGGAGAUUCUCUCCUUGGGGAAACUGUCACAUCCAUAUCCCCUGGUCCAUUUUAUGUUGUCUUCAACAGUGAUGACCAACUUGAAGUUUUGAAUUCAGAAAGUGGAUUCAGAAUUGAUUACCAGGUGCUAGGUACCUGUGAGUGACGGGAAUAAUUGUUCCAGCAAUGAGCUAUAAGUAAUUGUUCUAGCAGUGGGUUAUUUUAGUAAUAUAAAUGCCUCAGUUCAUAUACAUUUUAAGAGAUAACAGGUCCCAGAAAUAAAACUAAACUCUGGGCAAACUUUAUUUAACAACAAGUUUUGAACGACAAAAGGAAUGGAAUAGUUGUUACAGUUGAUACAUCAGUAAUGUUAGCUAUAACUUUUUGAUUCUGAGAACACUUACUAUGUUAUGUAUCGAAUUUUAUAUUUUAUCAGACUCUAGAGAAUCAUGUGAACUGUAAGAAAUUCCUUGCUUAUAACAGCAUGUUUGUGAAGUUAUUUAUUUUUGCUAUCUUUAGUAAAUGCUAAAUCUAGUCUUCACCAUUGCAAUUGUUUUGAUUUACUGCUGUUCCGUUUUUUUCUUUAAAUGCUGUAUGGAAAAUAAGUACAAGAAUUUUUAUUGGUCUAUUUUCCUGUAAAUGAGAGU